AUGCGCCCCGCUGUCUGCCUCGUCCCCGUUGCCUUGCUCUCAUCCCUUGGUGCAGCUAAGGGCUUGGACCGAGGCUCGCCCGCCCAGGUCUUUGAUUCCACAACUGCUGCCAUUAAAGGUCUGCCUGUCUUCUAUGACAUAUCGGACGUAAAUCUGGUGGAAGCCGACCACGCUUUUGAUUCCUUCUGGGCAGUCAACUACAUUCGCACCACCGACAACCGCACCUUCUUCGUCAGUGCAAAUGCGAUUAUCCGCAACGGCAGCGCCACCCAACGCGCCGGUAUCCUCUCGCUCGAUGAUCCUUCCUCCUUGUACACCAAACAUUAUCAGGAUAUUGGCCUUGUCAGGGAGAAGAAUGGCACUCUCGACCCGUUCAACCUGACCAUGCCCGGCGGACAGUUUGGCCUCGAGACCUUGCAUCACCACGCCGCUUCUUCCCCAGAGGCAUUGCCCCCGAUGAGGAUAUUCAGCCAUCUUCCCGGAACAGAAUUCGACAUCGACCUCGAAUUCAAAGCCCCCGUGUUGCUGAACGCAGGCCUGGGUUCGUGGCGCUGGGCCGGCGGUAUCCAGCAUCAGGUCUCACUACCAGCUUCCCGACCCCGCGGCACUAUCAUCGUCGACAAUACCACGCUUUCCAUCGACUCCGACAAGUCUGUAACCUGGUAUGAUCGGCAAUGGGGGCCUACCAUGCCCGACCGCUUCACCUGGUUUGGAUUCUACCUAACCAGUGCAAAAGAUGGAAUAGAGAGUUACGUCUCCAUCUGGCACUGGGUAGACGACAUCAACGGCAACAAAUCCUUCGCGACUAUUCAGAACCAGGCUGGUGUUAGCACGGUGCUCCCGCUUUUAAACUUCCAGCCUUCCAAGACGGACAUCUUCCACUCCAAGGCCACCGGAAACUUAUACGCACUGCAGUAUAAUAUUACAUUGAUGGAUGGCUCGCAUAUUAUUGUCAAAAGUCAGCUCCAGGAUCAGGAAUAUGUCCUGGAUGACUCUACUGUUGGAUUUUUCUCUGGAUACGUUGAGGUCUCUGGUGAUUUUACGGGCCACGGCACUGUUGAUAUCAUGCCCUCGAUGUAG